AUGGUGUCCCCAUGCGGAGGGUUUGCCCCGCAGGCUUUCAGAAGGAACCAAUGCGUCUUUAUUCAUCCUCAACUGAUUUCUUGUCCAGAUGUCAACACUGCAGCUCCUACUCCUCCGCAAGAGAGCCGUUCGAAUCAUGUUAGGGAGGGCCCAAAUGUGAAUGUGCACAUGACAGCUCAUCCAGCCACCAUCGCCCUAGGAUUGAUGUAUAUGCGAACGGGUAAUAUGGCGAUUGCGAGGGAACUGGAGUUACCGGCUACAAUUUCGAUGCUGGAAGAAAUUCGGCCUGACGUGAUUUUCGUCAGAGUUCUUGCUCGUUCUUUGGUGCUCUGGGAUAUGAUACAACCGACGUGUACCUGGAUUGAUGAGCAGGUAAAUAUCCUACUUUGUACUCGAGAUGAUGGAUGUAAGAUCCCGUCUGUUAUUCACGAAUAUGCACAGACGGUGCUGAAGUUUCCGUCUGCAGUCGAGGUGGAUAUCACAGAUAAGGAGAUAGCCUACUGGGAUGAAGUCGUUGACAAAGAGACCGUUGCUGAGGUCUACCUGUAUGCGAUGACAGCGGCUUGCUUCGCAAUGGCACUCAAGUAUAGCGGAACGAUAGGAGAAACACAGGAGAACGUUCUCAAAAUACUGGUAAGGUCACAGAGGUAA